CUUGAAUGUAAUGUGAACAGAAGGUGUGUGGUGUGUUUGUUGUGCAAUAUUCUUGAAUCCAAAUUUGGAAUUUUUGCUUUUUGUCCGUCAUUUUUUUUGGUAUUUUUAUUUCAAGAAAAGUCCAUGGCGAAGAUAAGUAUUAAUGAGGCGAACAUCCAAAAUUAGAGACAACCUAUAUAUUCAGUUUAUUGAACAGCUUAACAUGGAUAGCAUUGUGCCAAAAUUGUCGCAACUUUUAACAAGAGAUCCCUAUCUUCAACCGUACGUUGGGGAAAUUGAACGACGCUAUAAGAUUUUUCAAGAAAUAUUGCAACAAAUCAAUGAGAGAGAAGGUGGAAUUGAGCAAUUUUCUCGUGGUUAUGAAAAAUUUGGCCUCACAAAAGAGCAUGAUGGCAUAAUGUUUAGAGAGUGGGCCCCUGGAGCCAAUUGUGUUCAUCUUGUUGGAGAGUUUAAUAACUGGGAUCGUGUGUCACAUGUCUGUACAAGGAAUGAGUUUGGGGUUUGGGAAUUGAAGAUUCCUAAUAAACCUGAUGGAUCAUCACCUAUUGCUCAUGAAUCUCGAAUUAAGGUGGCAAUAACUAAACAUGAUGGUAGCCAGGUUGAUCGUAUAUCUCCUUGGAUAUCCUAUGCCAAACCACAAAAAGAUACUGAUUUAUAUGAAGGAAUUUAUUGGGAUCCCCCUCAAGUUUAUCAAUGGCGGAAUGCCAGACCUGCAAAGCCAUUGAGUUUGAGAAUAUAUGAAUCCCAUGUUGGUAUUGCAUCAUCUAAUCAUGAGGUUGCAUCUUAUACUAACUUCUCAGAGAAUGUUAUCCCACGUAUUAAGAACCUUGGCUAUAACUGUGUAGAAUUAAUGGCAAUCAUGGAACAUGCAUACUAUGCUUCAUUUGGGUACCAAGUUACAAACUUUUUUGCAAUAUCAAGUCGUUAUGGAACUCCAGAUGAACUAAAAUGUUUGAUAGAUACAGCUCAUGGCCAUGGUUUGUUGGUGAUUCUUGAUGUUGUACAUAGUCAUGCUAGUAAAAAUACAAUGGAUGGUCUCAAUCAAUUUGAUGGUACCAAUGGUUGUUAUUUUCAUGAUAAUCCCAGGGGUUUUCAUGAUCUAUGGGAUAGCAGAUUAUUUGAUUACACUAAGUGGGAAGUUCGACGAUUUUUACUAUCAAAUUUGAGAUGGUAUUUGGAGGAAUAUAAAUUUGAUGGAUUUCGUUUUGAUGGCGUGACAUCAAUGAUGUAUCAUGAUCAUGGUCUUGGUCAUGGCUUUGGAGGUGAUUAUCCUAACUUCUAUGAUCUUGGAGUGGACACAGACUCUGUGACAUAUUUACAACUGGCCAAUCAUAUGAUGCAUACUGUUCAUCCUGAUGUUAUCUCAAUUGCAGAGGAUGUUUCUGGUAUGCCUGCCUUAUGCAGACCUAUUGAUGAAGGUGGUAUUGGAUUUGAUUAUCGCCUGGGGAUGGCCAUUCCUGAUAAAUGGAUUGAGCUUUUGAAGGAGCGUAAAGAUGAAGACUGGGAUCUACAGGAACUGUAUCAUACAAUGACCAAUAGGCGUUAUAUGGAGGCAACCAUUGCGUAUGCUGAGAGUCAUGAUCAAGCUUUAGUCGGAGAUAAAACCAUUGCGUUCUGGCUAAUGGAUAAAGAAAUGUAUGAUUUUAUGUCGGUCACAUCUCCUCUUACGCCAAUUAUUGAUCGUGGACUUGCUCUCCAUAAAAUGAUCAGGCUUUUGACUCACGGUCUUGGUGGUGAAGCGUACAUGAAUUUCAUUGGUAAUGAGUUUGGUCAUCCUGAGUGGUUAGAUUUUCCUCGUCAGGGGAAUAACUCUAGUUUUCAUUAUGCUCGAAGACAGUUCCAUCUUGCUGACGAUCCAUUACUUCGCUAUAAAUUUUUAAAUGAAUUUGACAAGGCCAUGAAUCAUUUGGAAGAAGACUAUGGCUGGCUGCAUGCUCCACAGGGAUAUGUGAGUACGAAACAUGGUGCUGACAAAGUGAUGGUGUUUGAUAGAGCUGGUGUUGUGUUUAUCUUCAACUUUCAUGCCACAAACAGUUAUCCUGAUUACAGAGUUGGAGUUCCCGCCUCGGGAACAUACAAACUUGUUCUGGAUUCAGAUGCGGAACAAUUUGGUGGGCAUCAAAGAGUUCAAGCCGGUUGUCAAUAUGCUGUUGAUGAAAUGGAAUUCAAUGAAAGACCGUACUCUUUACAAGUUUAUAUUCCAUGUCGUACUGUUCUUGUACUAGCGCCAGCCAAGUAAUGAUUAUACAAAAGAAGUUCCUCUAUGGGUUCUUCUGGAUUUUAGUAAAAGUUGGAAAUAUAAUUGUAGAUCAAAGUAAAAUACCAUUGCUCAUCA